CUGCCGUCCGGGGACCGUAUAAGCUUCCAAUCAAAAAAAUCAGACAAGGAAUCUGUCAGUGUCGGUUCGUUUACUUCCUUCCUGCCACGCCAAUGCCAUGCCCUGCCCGGCACCCGGACGGUUGCCAUGCCCUGCCCCGCCCCGUCUGACUCUGUCCCUUUUGUUUCCUUCCUGGUUUCAUAGAUUUCCUCGCCUUUCUCCCCCUCAAGUUCCCAGCUUGAGAUCCGAAAAUCAUCAACCAAACAUUACACUACAGUACAGUACUUUCCAUUUUUCCAUUCCAUGGAAUCCUUAAGCUCCCCGGAGGGAAUGGGGAUGGGGAUCUGCUACGGCAACGGCAGCGGCAGCGGCGGCGCCUACAGUCUCCUUCUCACUGCUCUUUCCCUCAUCCCAGCCUCUCACUACUUGUACGCUCUUUGUAUUGUUGUCGCCGUCUUCGUCUACGCUUUCCUGGAGUUCCAUUUCAUCGAGGAUGUCUUAUUCACGGGGCUCAGGGGCUGCUCCGUCAGGCUCACUUACAAUCCCCUCUCAAAGCUCUACCAAGAUGUCGUCUCCAACUGUUCCCUGCUACACGGCAGGUACUUGGCGACGCCGUGGCUCUCUAGCCCCCAUGUUCAGACUGCUUUCUUGAAUUAUUUUGGGAAGCCUCCCAUGGUCAGCUACACAAGGGAAAUAUUUGCUGCUUCUGAUGGUGGCAACAUUGCUUUAGAUUGGUUAGCAAGUUCAUAUGGUCAUGGGAACACAGUUAAUGAUCCCAUUUCCAAAGAAGGCUCAACUCCCAUCGUGGUGGUAAUUCCUGGCUUGAUGAGCGAGUCUUCUGCUGCUUACAUAAAGCACCUUGUCUUCCACAUGGCAAAAAAACGUCGAUGGAAUGUUGUUGUUAGCAACCAUCGAGGACAGGGUGGUAUUUCAGUUACUACUGAUUGCUUUUAUAAUGCUGGAUGGACGGAGGACGUACGGGCAGUCGUGAAUCACCUAUCUCGAGAGUAUCCUAUGGCUCCUCUUUAUAUUGUGGGAACUAGCGUUGGUGCUAACAUCCUAGUAAAAUAUCUGGGGGAGGAUGGGGAAAAUGUUCCUGUUGCAGGUGCUGUUGCUGUUUGCUCCCCAUGGGACCUUCUGAUUGGCGAUAGAUUUAUAGGCCGAAAACUUGUGCAGAAAUUUUAUGAUAGAGCUAUUGCGAGCGGCCUCCAAAGAUAUGCAUUUCUACAUGAAACACGAUUAUCUCGCCUUGCAAAUUGGGAGGGAGUAAAGAGGUCACGUUCCAUUCGAGAUUUUGAUCACCAUGCAACCUGCCGAGUUGGACAAUUUGAGACUGUUGAUACGUACUAUAGGCGUUGUAGCAGUGCGAACUAUAUCGGGAAUGUCUCAGUGCCUCUGCUCUGUAUCAGUGCCUUGGAUGACCCUGUCUGCUCUAGGGAAGCAAUUCCUUGGGACGAGUGCAGGUGGAAUUGUCCUUUCUCUAAUAAAAAGCUAAAUAGCAACGUUGUAUUGGCUACUACGAAGCAUGGAGGACAUCUUGCAUUUUUUGAAGGACUGGCGGGAUCUUCACUUUGGUGGGUGAGAGCUUCUGACGAAUUUCUAGAUAAUCUUGAAACGAGCCGGUAUUUGCAUCUGCAGAAGAAGGCUGUUGAGGUGCAAAAAUCUCCUGGCCCACAUACAGCAUUCGAGUCCUUGAUUGAUCAGGGCCCAUACGUCAAUGUUUCGGCUGGGAUGGUAGCCCCAAUGGUCAGUGAAAGUGAUCAACCUUGUGAUGGCUCAGCAGAAAUUUCAACCGACUCCCUAGACCCUCCAUCUGAAAGUGGUAAUGGGACUGAUGCUCCUAAGGAAAGAAAACCAGCAGCAAUUCUGCGAUCGGAGCAAGGAUCUGAGGCAGGUCAUGUGGUUUCACCCUUCAGGAGAUGUCUAGAUCUGAUCUUGGGACAGUCAAGAAGACCAAUUUGGCUGCUUGCUCAUGUUGCUCUUCUUGUGACUUGGCCUAUGGUUGGGUCAGCUCUCCGAGUUCUCUUAGCAAGAAAGUUAAGGAAGGACCUGCCUGCCCCUCCAAUCAAGCGAUGAUCACGAGGUUUAAGGGGUCGGACCACACAACCUACCAGUGCUCGUCAGCUGAGGCGAUGUUCAGGCCUGGCACUACAGAGUGCGACCCUGUUAGCAUUUUUUUAUCUGCACCAUUGGAAAAGGAGGAGAGAAAAGAAGAUGCCAUUCCAAUUUAACAAAGAUGAUCUUCCAUGUUUUUUUUCUUUUUUUGGUUUCGUGGACAUUGAACGAAUGUUGGAAUAAAUGGCUCUCAGAGGGGGCUUUUUUCUUAA